AUUUUGCUCUCCAGCUUUCACUCCUGCAGCUUCACUCUGCACCAGAACACCACACUCAAACCAUGUCUACCAAAGUCGCCGUGGUAACGGGCAGCAACAAGGGCAUCGGUCUCGCCAUCGUCCGAGCGCUCUGCAAACAGUUUCAAGGAGAUGUUUACCUCACCUCCAGAGACGCCGGUCGAGGUCAGGAAGCGGUUCAGUCUCUGAACUCCGAGGGACUGAAGCCGAUGUUUCAGCAGCUGGACAUCAACGACGUGAAAAGCAUCAUCGCCGCCGCCGCUUACUUCAAAGACAAGUACGGAGGAGUGGACGUGCUCGUCAACAACGCCGGGAUAGCGUUCAAAAAUGCAGACACGACUCCGUUUGCGGUCCAGGCGGAGGUCACCCUCAAGACUAACUUCUUCGCCACCAGAGACAUGUUGACUCACUUCAUGCCGCUCAUUAAAGCCGGAGGUCGCGUGGUGAACGUUUCCAGCUUCGUCGGCUCCCGCACGUUGAACAACUGCAGCCCGGCCCUCCAGGAGCGUUUCCGCAGUGAUGACAUCACGGAGGACGAGCUGGUGGGACUGAUGCAGCAGUUCGUGGACCAGACUAAAAAAGGAGAACACAAGCAGGGCGGCUGGCCCGACACAGCGUACGGUGUGUCCAAGACUGGACUCACGGUGCUGUCCAUGAUCCUGGCUCGUCGUCUGUCUGAGAAGAGACCAAAUGAUCAGAUCUUGCUGAAUGCCUGCUGUCCAGGCUGGGUCCGCACCGACAUGGCCGGUGAUAAAGCCCCCAAGUCACCAGACGAGGGCGCUGUGACUCCGGUCUAUUUGGCCGUGCUGCCACCCGGAGCCACACAGCCUCAUGGGAAAUUUGUCUCUGACAAAGAAGUGCAGCCGUGGUGAAAGAGACCCGAGACCUGAGUGUGUGUGUGUGUGUGUGUGUGUGUGUGUGUGUGUGUGUGUGUGUGUAAGUGGGGUAAAGAAAGAGUGCCAGUGUUCCCAUCUCAACACUAAUUUUCUUAAAACUUCCAGAUAUAUGUGAUCACCAUCACAAUGUAACACAUCAGGACAUUAUAAUCAAAUUCAUUGCUGAAUUUUUCUGAGGAUUAUAGAAUUUAAUGCUGAAACCAAAACUGGAACGAACAUAAAACCAAAAUUAUUCCAGGAAUCACUGGUGUGUGUGUGUGUGUGUGUGUGUGUGUGUGUGUGUGUGUGUCUGCUGGGACAUAGUUUAACUCUUUCUAACUGCUGGUUAACCACUGAUGUUUCUGAUUAAACUCAACUUUUAUUUUGCCUUUGGUUAUUUUGAACACAUUUAUAUUUUGUGUGGAGAAAUGAAACUUUGCCUUCAAUGCAUUGGACUUUUUUUUUGGGUAUGUUUUUCCAAUAUAAUGCUUUUUCAUCAAAGAUACAUUGCUUUUG